AACAAAUAUCUCGCCCCGCGCGGCCGCCAGAUAUUUCCGUCCCCGCGCCGCGCCGCCACCUGUCGCCUCCGCCACGCUGGAAAAGCGCCGGCACGUAGGCGCAAAAAGGGCGUCCGUUCCCUUGAUAUUUGCGGGCGGAGGAGAAAUACUUGCGUCCCGUCCCGUGCUUCCUUCCUUCCUCCGCCCGUCCGCUUGGCUUGCUCAUCCAUUCUUUGCCUGCUUGCUCCUAUUUCUUUCCCCUCCCCUCCUCCCGUGCCGUCCGAGAGAGAGCACGCCGGCCGAAUUCCACGGAUCCUCGCUCCUUCCCGCCACCGUUUGCUCGCUCGCUCGCUCGAUCUGUCUUCCGUGGGGGUCGGUUCUUGGCCCGGAUCUUCUCCGUCUCUUCUUGAUUGUUUUCCGGUCGUUGGGGCUCCAAAUCUCCUCCGCGCCCGUCUCUUCUCCGGCCUCCACGCGGGCGGGCUCAAUUCAAGGGGAUUUGCGUCUCCCUUGCCCCCCGUCCCUUGGAUCUUCUUCCUGCCCGCCUCUCCGCGCCACAUCUCCGCAAGGAAAUCCGCGGGGAAGAGAUCCAUCUUUCUAGUUUCAGGGAAGCAGAGACGAAUCCGUUCCUCGGGGGCCUCUGCCUGUCCGUCCCCCUUGUCGGUCCCUUCUUCUCUUGCCAAGUAUCAGAUGGGCGAGGUGUACCUGGAUCGCUCGGUCAAGCCGGAGCCGGCAGACGUCGGCAUUGCCCAGGGUAACCAGGUCACUACCUUGAUGUCGGCGGGAUGGACGGACGAGAGGCACACGGAUUACAUAAGCUCCAUGGAAGCUUCUUUCAUCAAGCGACUCUACAAUCACGGUAACAACGUGAACAAGAAAGAUCCAGGUACCACUGGGUUCAAGGUUCUCCAAGGUGGAGCUGGAGUGUGGAAGAAAGUCGAGUUUGAGAGGCCCAAUGCUUGUGCUCAAGUCGGGGCCAAACAAAACCUGCCUGCAAACCCCUGGAUUCAGCAUUUCAGAUCGCGUGAUUGCAGCAGCAGUGCAAGAGGUGUUGGGGCACAAACUUCAGUGGGUGAUCACGAAUCCGGUAUCCGUACUGUCCCUGGGAGCACUCCGUUGUCACAUGGAAGGGAAUUGGGAGCUUGCAAGGGAGAAAACCUUCUCGAUGAAAAUACAGAGGUCUCUGAUCAGAACUUUGCUGACGACGACGAGGCAGAAGUUGGCGCAGAAUCAAGCAAAGCAUGCAAGAAAAGGCGAUUGAGCAGUUCUUCCACUUACUUCACCCAAAUGAUCCAGUGAAUUGAUCAAUUAGCAUAGUCUGUUGCAAUCGUUGACAAAAGCAACACACCCAAUUACUCAAAGAGCCUGCUUGCUACCUCAAAACCUGUUGGAACUUGGAAGCAAGGAUGCUCUGAAGUAAAAGCAUGGAAGAGUAUUUCUCGGUAAAUGCGCCACCGGUGAGCACUGGAGGAUUUAUUUGACAGAUUAGAUUCUGGCAAUGUAUCUCUAUUUUGCAGUUAAAGUCGAUCGUGUGGUAGUGCCGCAUUAUGAGGAACAACAGGCUCACUCACUGCUUAGUAGUAGUAUCGUGGUAGAUAGUAAUAUUGUUUUGUUUUACGGAUGUAAUGAAAUGUUGUUGUUUGCAAUGUGAAUGAAAUGUUCAUGUUUGCCACAAGACCAUAACGGCCCUAA